AUGAGUGGAAGAGGCAAGACUGGUGGCAAGGCUAGAGCUAAGGCCAAGACUCAUUUAUCCCGAGCUGGACUCCAGUUUCCCAUGGGCUGUGUGCACAGGCUCCUGUGUAAAGGUAACUAUGCUGAGCAUGUCAGAGCCGGUACUCCAGUUUACCUAGCUGUUGUGCUGGAGUAUCUGACUGCUCAGAUCAUGGAGUUGGCCAGUAAUGCCUCUCAUGACAACAACAAGACUCGUAUCAUUCCCCGUCACUUACAGCUCACCGUGUGCAACAAUGAGGAGCUGAACAAACUGCAUGGUGGAGUGACCACUGCUCAGGGUGGUGUGCUGCCUAACAUUCAGGCUAUGCUUUUGCCCAAAAAGACCAUGAAGAUCAAAUAG